AUGGCAUCUAAUGUUACAGUGCAAUCAGUGUUGGAGAAGAUUAGUGUGCAUCAUCUGGAAUGCUCCAUCUGCACCAACCGUUUCAGGCAGCCCAAACUGCUGGACUGUUUACAUAGUUUUUGCCUGCAAUGCCUUCAAGAGCUCAGAAAGAGCCAAGAUCCCAGUGGUACAAAACUGACAUGUCCUCUGUGCAGACGUAAAACUAUGUUGAAAGGGCCUGGGGUUGCUGAUCUCCCUAAUAACUUUGCAUUCAGUGCCCUGGUGGAGGAAGUUACAAUGCAGGAAAAGCUACUGGAAGGUCAAGGGUCAGACAUCAAAUGUCAAGCCUGUGAUGAGGAGAAUCAGGCUAUUUCAAGAUGCAUGGACUGUGAUCAUUUCCUCUGUCAAGAAUGUGAAAAGGCUCAUGGGCGUAUGACUGUCAUGAAAUCUCAUAAAAUCUACACACUGGCUCAACUUCGAUCAGGAGAGAUAGUCUACAAGAGCAAACUAAGAGAAGAAGUUCCCAAAUGUAGCAAGCACCUAGAUCAGAAUCUCAAUGUCUACUGCAACUCAUGUGAGCAAGUCAUAUGCACAACUUGCUCUGUAGUUGAUCAUGCAAAACACUCACUCACUGACUUACCUGAGGCUUUUAAGCAAUGUAAAAUAAAAGUUGAACAACUGGUAGUAAAAGCUGAGAGGAGUAAAACGGAACUGACCACUACCAUACAGCAGACAUGCAAAUCUCGCAAGAAACUCAACACCAUGUUCACUGACACUACAAGGAAAAUCUCAGAAAAAGCUGCCAAAAUCAAAAAGGAGGAGCAGAAACUGUUACAAAAGACUGAAAGGAUUUAUCAAGAGAGAAUCAAAGCUAUCGAAGCCGCUCAAGCUACCAACGGGAAAGACGUGACACAAACAGAGCAGAAGCUGGAGGAGGUGGAACAAUUCAUGAAUCAAGCAAGUUGCUAUGAGAUUCUUGAACUUCAGCAGAAGCUCUUGCAUAACCUCAGUGAAUUGACAGGGAAGCAGCCACAGCAAGUUCCUGAAAACUUUAACUUCAUGGACUUUGAAGAAGGUGAUAGGUCACUUGGGAGUCUCGUUCUGGAAGAAGAGUCAAAAGCUGCAGAAAAGCAAUCACCAAGAUGUGGAAGAUCAAGUAAGAAGGCAAAGUGCAAACUGAAGACUGAAGUUAAGAAUGCAUGUGGUGAGUCACUUGGUGGUCUCAUUUUGGAGGAACAUACUGAGGCUGUUGCACAGCAAUCACCAAGAUCUGGAAGAUCAAGUGACAUUUUGCAUUACAGUCCUGAUGGCAGGUACAUUGGACGCGUGAUCAAGGGAUGUGGUUGUCCACAGGGCAUCACAAUCACAUCAGGUGGUGAUCUGGUAGUGGCAGCAAGAAAGACUAUACAGAUAUAUCAUCGUCCUUGA